UGGCGACGGCCAGCCCCUGGAGCGGUGUAGGCUGCGAUGCCAGAGUGCUGCUGCGCGAGGCUGCUUCAAGGCUGGCGGCCUCCCGGUCCAAGGCCAUAACAGCAUCGGGAGAGAUUGUUGCUACGUCGCCGUCCCCCAGCCGCAGUAGUCGAGACUUUGAUUGGAAGAGAGAAAGAGACAGAGGCAGAGGCAGCAAGCCAUGGGCUCGUGCGUUCGUGAUAGUACGCACCUCGGUGGGCGGACUGGCAGCCUGCUCGUCUCCUCAUUGUUUCUCUGCCGCCCCUGGCCAGAGCCCGGGCACUCUGGCAGUUGAGAACCUAGGUGUCACUAUCCUUUUCCUUCCCCGUCUGCCCGGCCAGUCUGCUCAUCAAACCUCCACAUUAUAAGUUUUAUCCCCUCCGUCAGACUUCACUUCUGUUUCCAUGCUUGUUUUCACCCAAAGUCUAUCGUGCUACAUCCGGUACCCGCACCCUUCGCUCACACUUAAUUCUUCAACCCAAGUUUGUUACCAUGGAGGUUCUGAUCGCCUCGUGCGUCAGCCUUUCUAAAGGCGUCGCGACGGCAUUCGUCAACAUUUGUGAGCUCACUCAGAGCAUACAGGACGCCCCUGUCGACGUCCAUAAUCUUGUCCUGGACGUGAUGGCCGCCAAUGACGUCCUCAGGUGGCUCCAGGGCAGUCCCGUCGUCGUCAAGGGUCAACACGGGUCGCUCGUAAAAAACCUAGAGGGGGCGUGGUCCUGCCUCAGGAGCCUCAAGCUCCUCGCUGUCCAGCACGAGCAGCGCAUGCAGCUCAACAAAGCCCGCGGUGUCGUGGCUUUCUUGUGGCAGAAGAAAGACAUUGAGAAGCAGCGAAGGGACUUGAACAAGCGGGUUGUUUGGAUCGAGCGGCUCAUGAGGACCAAGGACCCUCAUGCUACUUACCGCGUCCCAUCCGAUCCGAGCGGUCUACCGAAUAGGCCGAAAUUAACCUCCCUCGAGAGCCUGUGGCGCAGGCUCCACCUCAAAGAGUCCCGCCAGCUCGUCGCGGCCGCCAAGGCCGGGCACUUGGAGCAGGUCAAGUCGAGCCUCAAGGCCGGCGCCUGCAUCGACUACCAGUCCUUCAGCGACAAGCUCGAGGGCAAGACGGCGCUGCACAUGGCGGUGGAGCACGGCCAUGCGGCCGUCGUCCAGUUCCUCCUCGGCAAUGGCGCGAGCCCGAACGAACACGUCAUGUCCCCGUCCAGCGAGACGGCGCUGCACCUCGCCGUGGCCGGCGACCACGGCGGAAUCCUACGGCUACUCCUGGACGUCCGACACGUCCUCGACCUCAACGCCGCGGACGGCGGCGGGCUGCCGGCCCUGCUGAGGUGCUGGGACGAGCACCUCAUGAUGGCGCUCCUGGCGGCCGGGGCGGACCCGACAUGCAAGGGGCCGGGGUCCAGCACGGCGCUGCACCGUGCUGCCGGCCAGGGGUGGGCCGGGGCCGUCCGCGACCUGGUCGCCAGGGAAGGGGUCAAGACGGGCGCGCGGGACGGGGACGGGUACACGCCGCUGGAGUGGGCUCGGCGGGCUCACAGGGAGGGAAGGUGCAGCAGCAGGGCCCUCAAGGCCGUGACCAGGGAGCUGGCCGCGGCUGGGGCCGACCCGAGAGCGGGGGGCGUAACUAGGGUCUGGGCCUGGCUCCGCAUAAAGCGCAGCUCAGCGUUCAAGUCGCCGUCUGGGCGGUAGCACCGAGUGAUCACGACUGCUGGUGGCUUCGUGGAGGUGUCGGUUCGCCGCACAGCCAGGCCUGUAUAUUAUAUUUUUAGUGUGGGGCCUCGACGACUGUUCUU